UUGGUGCACAUAAAGCUCGUUUCGAGAACUCCCACGUUUCCCUGUCGGGUCUUCUGGUACUCCUCGUUCCCGUGAAAUUGGAACCACAAAAGGAAAGCAUCGCCGCCGCCCCGCUUAAAGUGAAAAAGGUCGCAAUCACUGUCGAUGAAUCUAACUGGGAACAUUCUCGUGUAAGAGAAGUCAUUGUGUGGACUCAACCCCAACGACCGAUGACAAUUCUAGCUCCGAAAGCACAAGUUCCACGCAGCUUCCGCAUCGGCGGCGAUCGGCCUUCGCCUACGCAUCAUCCGUAAAUCGAGUCGAUCGUCAUCCGUAAAUCGAGUCUAUCGAAUGUUUGUAUGCCCAGGUCGGACGAGGAAACGAAAGGGAAAGGGCGGAGGAAGAUUGUCGGCCAAGAAGAGGGAGGGAUAAGCAACAGACAUAACUUCCUGGGAAAAGUCACGGAAGCACAAGGCACUUGAGGUUACUCUUUCCCUCCACGCCACAAACGUGCCUCCUAAGCUCAUUCUCUCAAUCUCCUGUGCGUUAUAAGAGCUCCAACGCACUUGCUCCUUUGUGUGUCAAAGCUCAAACCGGCUAUUGACUUCGCGAAGCCGAACUCGUACAUUCGCCGACUGUGUUAAUCGAUCGAUCCUUCUCUGUCCAUUUUGUCUUGGAAUCGAGCAUUUUCGUUUCCAGGACGCUACAUUAAGCUGGUCAUAUGGAUCAGCACGGUUCGCUGGAGAGCGAAGGCAGCGUCAAGUUGCAGAUUUCCGAGCUUUGCAGGCUCGGCGACGCUUGCAGCUCGGGCACCACCAUCUUCGAGCCGCGGAGCAGCAUCGAGAAGAGAGACAGCAGCAAUGGGGAAUCCGUUUCUCCGGCGAAGCCGGCGGCAUUCCACGCGCCGGAGAAGAAACUCACGCUGUUUGCCCUUCGCCUCGCAGUGUUCGAGAAGGCCGCGACCGGCCUAGGGACUCUUGGGUUCAUCUGGGCGACCGUGGUCCUCCUCGGUGGGUUCGCCAUCACUCUGGAUAAAACCGACUUCUGGUUCAUCACCAUCAUACUGCUGAUCGAGGGGACACGGAUUUUCAGCCGCAGCCACGAGCUGGAGUGGCAACACCAGGCCACUUGGUCUAUCGCCGGCGUGGGCAUCAACAGCUUCCGAGCACUCAAGUCGAGUUCCCACUCUCUGGUCAAGAGCUUGAAGGCCGUUUUUCGCCCCAUUUCGUCCGCGGUUCAGAAGAGGAGCCAGCAGAGCAGGGAGAUAGCGGCACAAAUUGCAGGGUCACCGAACACCAAUGGCAUCCACCGUAAACCAACUCGGAUGUGGACGUCCUCCGACGUCCCGUUCCUACCUUACGGCAAAUGGGUGUUCCUCUCCAGGAAUGUGAGCAAACUGCUCUACUGGCUUCAGCUCCUAUCGGCAACGGCCUGCGUGGUCCUUUCCCUAAUGAAGCUCAUCAAGCACAACUAUGGCGAAGUCGCGAAAGGCGACACCGACAAGCGAAACCGAAAAGCCGCCCUGACCAUCUUCUACUCGCUGGCCCUGGCUGAAGCCCUGCUGUUCCUGAUGGAGAAGGCCUACUGGGAGUUGAAGGUGAGCUUCUGCAAGCUCCUUGAGGAGGUUACCCGAGAGUGUGAACUAAAGAAAUCCGGCCUGAUAGCGGUCCGGCGCUUCUUCUACGACUCCUACUCGCGGUGCGUCAACGGGAGCAUCUUUGAUGGGUUGGGAAUGGACAUGAUCACCUUCUCCACAGAGCUGCUCGACUCGAACUCCCCGGACGAGCAGCUCAUUGGGGUGAGGAUCCUCUGCCAGUUCGCGACGAACAGCCGGUUCUCCGACGACACCCUCCGCAAGAUCGGGACCAAUAUAUCCGUGAUCGAGCGGCUCGUCGAGAUGCUGAACUGGAAGGACCCGCAGGAGGAGGAAAUCAGGUGGUCGUCUGCAGAAAUACUAUCGAAACUCGCUGGGAAGAAGCGGAACGCGCUCCGGGUAGCCGGAAUCGCCGGCGCGAUGGAAUCGAUCUCGUCGCUCCUGGAGACAAGCAGGUCCUCCACCGCCUCGCCGGACGAGAUCGCGGAGAAGAGGGUCGUCUCAUUGUCCGCCGCUUCCGACGGCCACGCGAGCUACGGAUUCGACACAUUCAACCACCUUGGACUUCUAAUACUGAAGAAAUUAGCGCGGGACCACGACAAUUGCGGCAAAAUUGGGAACACGAGAGGGCUGUUGCCGAAGAUCAUCGACCUCACGCACGCCGACGAGAGGGUUUUGAGGGACGCGAGCGUCGCGAGUUCGCGGGUCCUCACCGUGAAGCGGUCGCUCCAGGUGGUGAGGAUACUGGCGAGCACGGCGGGGGCGACCGGGAAGCAGCUCCGGCGGGAGAUAUCGGAGAUCGUGUUCGCGAUCGGGAACAUCCGGGAGAUCCUCCGGCACGGCGAGAGGUACCCGUCGAUGCAGAGGCUGGGGAUCGAGAUCCUGACCAGCCUGGCGCUGGAGGAGGACGCGACGGAGCGGAUCGGGGGGACGGGCGGCCUGCUGAAGGAGCUGCUGAGGAUCUUCCUCGACGGCGGCGGGGAAGAGGCGAGAGGGGCGGAGGAGGAGGAGGAGGAAGGGAGGAGGGCGAGGGUGGCGGCGGGGGAGGCGAUGGCGAUGCUGGUGCUGGAGAGCGAGAGCAACUGCCGGAGGGUGUUGAAGCUGGGCGCGCUGGAGAGGCUUGUGGGGGCGCUGGACGCGCAGCUGCUGAGGGUGAACGCGGCGAGGAUUUUGAGGAACUUGUGUGCGUUCGGCGGCGACGGCUGCUUCGAGAAGCUCAGGGGGGCCACCGCCGCCGCACCCACGGUUCUGAAGGCAAUAAUGUCCGAAGAGAACAAGCCGCAAGAGGUGAUGAUCGGACUAGCAUCCCAAGUCUUCAAAUACAUGACGAGCGAGGAGUCGAGCGCCGUGUUCGAGAGGGCUGGAAUACGAGAGACCGAGCUGGCUGACACCCUCGUCCAGAUCCUGAGGAAGUACCGGUACCCGCCGAUCAAGGUCCCGAGGAUACGGCGGUUUGCCAUAGAGCUGGCGAUCUGGAUGAUGACGGACAAAGAGACGAACGUGCUCACUUUCAAGGAUCUCGAGAUGGAGAGAGAGCUGGAGCACGUGCUGGAGACCACGUCGGAGGUCGAGAGCUUCAACAUCUUCUCCGGCACGGUCGGCGUGAGCCGGCACCACAUGACCAUUCACUCCUUGGUGGAGCUGGCAUUGAAGCUUUUGGCGGAGGGCUGAAUUCCAGUGAGAGAGAUUGAACUAUGUAAAUACCCAAGUAUAUACAAAUGAGAGGAGGAGAUUCUUUCUUUUGUUGGCAACAUGUUGAUCUUGUUUUCUAAGUAUGGUUGAUUAAAUGAUUCAAUACAUUGAAAUUCUCGACACA